GGAUAGCCCAAUUGGUUUUGACGUUCCAGUAUUUUUUUUCUUGGUGUUAUAAAAUUUUUCCAGUGUUGUUGACCCUAUGCACAGUUUCAGCAUAAUGUUCCUUAAUAUUACUUAAGAUAAAAUAUUGGACUUAAAAGGUUUGUAAAUCUGUGUAUUCUGUUGUUCUGAUUUUUUUAACACACCAUUUCAAGUUUUUACCAUCUUUCAAACUCAUAACAAAUGCUGUAUUAUGUGUGCUUAUAUAACAUUUGUUUCAUAAUCCAGUUGUCUUCCAAGUUUUUGAUUAUUUUCAAGUAGAAAACAUAUGUAAAUAAGAUAUUUUGACAAUGACAUAAAAAAGCCAAAAUUAUCACAAUAAUCUCAAAUUAUGCUUCUAUAAAACAUUUGGUACUUAACUUUGGGAUGGUUUCAAGGACUCUUGUUGGGAUAGCAUAGCUAAAACAUGAGGUAAUUGUUAAAAAGGAAUGAAUAAAAAUUGUACAAGCAACUAAAAAGGAUGACUGAGAUGUUGAAAGUUGUGAGUGGAUGGUGGGUGCAAUGUUUUCUAUGCAUUUUACUCAUCUGUGUCUGUUAUUCCUGAGGCACUGUGAGCUUGAGUCCCAUGUGCAGGAACGGAGUAUAAAAUGGAAAGGACAUGGAAAUGGAUGCUUGCGCAGUAGUUUGCCCCUGGAGAAGAAAACAUGUGAGGAUAGGGGAGGGGUGACUACAUCAUUGAUCAGACUGAAAGCUUUAAAUUAGAGGAAGCAAUGUAGUGGACAAAAUACUAAAAGCAGUGUUUAUAUUCUAUCCAGCACAGAGAGAUGGGAUAAUUUGUUCUUUACAUUAAGCUAGUCAGACACAUGCGAUUGAUGGGAUGUGCUUGAAAUACAUUAAACAACAUCCAGCUCGGUCCUGCAGAAAUGAUGUUCCUUCUGCAUGUACCCUCAGUUUGAGGAGCUUCCUCUGUAGUCAUGAAGUGCUGGAACUUUUGAGCCUUGCCCUGGUGUCCUGCAUGGUAACUAAGCCACUGAACGUUUUACAGACAAUCUGUUGGAUGUCUGGGUACAGAAGAGGACUAAUGAGCCUGGGGCCUUUAGAGAAAAAACACUGUGCCCUUUGAGAGUUCAGGAAUAUAAGAGGUAAUUCAGAAUUUCUCAGAAUAUCACAUAGACAAUCCACUUGGAGGAAGGUCAUGCCACACACACUUUUCCAUAUCAACAGAUGAACAGACCCUCUUAGCAAUGAUUAAACCGGAUAUUUCAUUUCACCAAAAACAGUUUGGUGAUAUAAUUUGACAGAACUGCAAUACUCUGGAUUCCUGUCUCAAGUGCUCCUCAUCUGCACAGAGGCAUGUAUAAAGAAGUUAUUUCACAUCAGAAAUUAGUCCCAUACAUAAUGAGAAUAUUUGGGGGACUGCAGCAGCUCUAAUAUCCUCUCAUGAAUAAUACUGUAAUUACAAAGAAGGGCACAAGGUUCCUCAGAUCCCAACAAAGACCAUAUCAGGAGAUUCCUUCAUGAAAAAGGGCCUCGCUUUACAAACCCCUAUUUAAAGAAAAAUGAUAAAUAGAUAAUAACAAGGAAUUUAACAACCUUUGAUCCAGAUGAGUUCUGGAUGAGAGAAAAUAUUGUUGAAGAAUUCUUCAGACCUGGUGUGGUAGGAGGAGUUUUGAUCAGAUCCUUUCACCCAUAUGUCCAGGUUUGCACUGGGCAACGAAGGCCAGCUGGCCCAGUCUAUCAAGCAUUCAUCUGAAUACAUUCCUCUGGCAAAGCCAUUACGUAAAGCUUGAACGUAUUAUCGGCUGUGUUAUCUCACGCACCCAUCAGUGAGUGGGCCAUUACUUGCAAAUUGGUCAUUAGGUCUCAGUAUAAUAGUGACAACAGCCUCAUAAUGGCUUAUUAGUCACACUUUAUUGCUUUAUAUUAUCACUGCAAUUUCAUUUGUAUUUUUAGACAUGGGAAAUUUCCAAGCAACAGUUCAGAAAGCUGUCAAUCAACUCACAGUUCUCGAUAACUGAUGGCACAUACAGUAACCUUCUAUAUUUGGCCACCUCUUCAUUCCUUAUUUCAUAGUCCUCUGCAAAUUUAUUAUUUUACCUUUUCUGGACUGUUCAUUUCUGCCCUCUUACACGCUUCUUUCAUCUCCCUCCAUUUUUCCUUACAGACUUUACUCUGCGUGCAGUUUAUUUGACCAAGGCUGACCUCUGCAACUCAUGACUGUUUCUCAAAUUGUCAUCUCAUUCCUAUCAACUUUCCAUAUUUUGCAGGCAUUUAUUUAGAAGAAAGGAAAAUAAACUUAAAGUUUAUUGAGAUUGAAGCCGAGUGUGUUGUGAGGAGGAAGAAGAAGAAGAAAAAAAAAAGAAUGUCUGGAUGCAUGAGAGAAAGCUACAGAAAGGGGAACAAGAACAAGGGAAAACAGGAAUGUAGGGGGUUAAGCAUGGGAUGAGAGUGAUUAUGAGUGCAGAGGUGAAUGAAUAAGAUUGGUGGGAUAGAGAGGAAAACUGUCAAAUUAACCUUGAGAAAGUUUGAAAAAGAAAAUAAACCAGACUGGGCUUGCGUCAGAAAGAAUGGGAAGCUUUGGGAGACGGACAAACAGACAGGCUGAAGAGUUAUUAAAAAUUUUGAGAAAGGACCAAAACAAAACAAUAUUCACAUGGCAGCAUGAUUGGCACAGUAUCUGCCCUUCAAAACUUUCAGUCAAAUUUCAUCAAGUUGGUCAAGAAAAUCUAUUUGCAGUAUGAUGUGAAACAGUUGCUGAUGCUCCAAAAACAAAGACUGCCUGUGAUGAAACCUUGUACCAACAUUUAUUUUUAUGAAAAGGCCCAAGGCUUUUGGAUUCUCAUCAGCACAAUAAGGAAAACACUAAGUACAACAUUUUUCAGCUAAUAAAUAAAUUCAGUUACGGGAAUUUUGAAAAUGAUAGCAAACAUGAUGCUGCAGCUGUGAUAAAUCUGAACAAGUAAACUGUUUGUUAUUUGAAUAAAGAAUUAAAUAAAUAAACAGAUAAACCUGCACAUGACCAAACCUGAGCAUAAACAGUCUUAUGACUGUGCAGCAGUUUGACUCCUGAUGGCCAUUCGCUAUUGGGUAUUGUUUUAGAUAAAUCUUAAACAUUGAAUGUUACUGGCUUUCCACCAAUAAGUCCUUUCUUGUCUUUCAGGAAUGGAAAGCAUCAGUGUGGAAACAGACUGGGAUGGGUUAGGACUCUCCUCACUGGGAACCACAGGACGAAACAACUUCUCUUCCUUGUUUGUGUCUCAACUUAACUCAUUUAACACUUCUCAGAGUGGGGGACCCCUCUUUGGGAUCUUUCCUGAGAAUGGCUCAAACUCCACACCUCACACCCUGCCCCAGCCCAGAAUGAGGGACACAGGUCUCGCCCGAGCUGAGAUAGCAGUUCUUGGGGUGGUGCUGGCUGUUACCACCCUGGGGAACAGCUUUGUGUUGUGGGUGCUGUUGAGGAGGAGGAAACACAAUGCACCGAUGCACUUGUUCAUGGUCAACCUGUGUGUGGCUGACCUGGUGGUGGCGCUCUUUCAGGUUCUUCCUCAGCUUAUAUGGGAUAUAACAGAGAGGUUUCAGGGGCCCGACUUACUCUGCCGGUCCAUCAAGUACUUGCAGAUUGUGGGAAUGUUUGCUUCCUCCUAUAUGAUAGUUGCCAUGACAGUCGACCGACACCAUGCCAUCUGCUGCCCAUUGCAGGCCUACCGUGUUGGGGCUAUGUCCCACUGGAACACCCCUGUUAUAGUGGCUUGGGGCCUGGCGCUUGUCCUCAGCAUACCACAGGUGUUCAUAUUCUCUCGUUCAGAAGUGGCUCCUGGAGAGUUCGAAUGCUGGGGUCACUUUACUGAGCCAUGGGGGCUGAAGGCCUACGUCACCUGGAUGACCGUGGCAGUGUUCCUGCUGCCUGCCUUCAUCAUUACCAUCUGCCAGAUAAGAAUCUUCCGAGAGAUUCACAAUAACAUCUACCUGAAGUCAGAGAGGAUGGGGAUGACUGAGUUGAAGAAGAAUGACAUCCUCUUUCGUUUUCACAGCUUUAAGAAGGAGGAUGAGCGGGCCAGGGAAAGGGGGAGACAGGCGUCUGGAGGGGGAGGGAGGGAGGGGAGGGGAGGACUGCUCUUAAAGGGGGCAAGUAAUAACCCUCACAAUAACACCCAUAACAGCCAGAUGGGAGAUUGUUAUGACUAUGUACCCUCUGCUAUUCAGUAUAGCAACUGCCAUGGGGAACACAUGACAACAACAACAUCAACAUCAACAACAUCACCAACAGAUCCACCAGCGCUGAACGGCACAGAUUUCCAGGAGUCCUGCAACAACUCACCUCGCUGCUCCCUUGACUAUGUCCCCCCUUUCCAUCCAGCCACUCCACCUCCAAGUAUUACUAAAGCCAUGUCCAAGACUGUGAGAAUGACUCUGGUCAUAGUGUUGGUCUAUACUAUCUGCUGGUCACCGUUUUUCAUCGUCCAGCUGUGGGCAGCCUGGGAUCCCAAUCCCCCGGAUCAAGGAGUGGCCUUCACUAUCCUGAUGCUGCUGGCCAGUUUGAACUCGUGUACUAACCCAUGGAUCUACACAGCUUUCUCCAGCAGUGUGUCCAGAGAGCUUCAAAACCUUCUGCACUGUGGGUCGCGACUUGGCCGACGGGGAUCCCUGCCUGAUGACUCUACCACCACACACACCUCCACCAUCAAGGACAACCUGUACUGACAGGGGCAGAUGAGAUGGAAACAUUCACUGAGACAUGUUUGAAAAUACAUGCAUGGGUGCACAUGAACGUGCUGCAAGGACAUGCUGCUCCACAAAAAGCGCUGCUGCCACUGACACCAUCUGUAGCAUUACAGCUCGAAAACAGCCUGACCUCUAACAGAUGUUUGCAGCGACAAAUGACAGCUGUACUGUCAGCAGGACAUCUAUCUGUAAUCACCUGUCUGCUCUUAUCCAGCAGUAAGGAAGAGUGUCAUUGGAAAUGUCAACAAGAUGUGCAGUUGAGUCUUUCAGUGCAUCUGCAAUGCAAAGUGACCUGGAAAGCAGAGAGAUUUUCACCUCAGCAGAUUGUAAGCUGGAUCUUGUGCUGUGAUUCAUAUGACAGAAGAAAAAACACAAAGAAAAAAACUCUAGCUUUCAGACAGAAAUGAAUGCAAAGGGUGGGUUUCUGCAUUAAUAGCCUCAUGGCAUGCCUAAUGUACAAAACAGCAGACAGAGCUAUGGGUGCAAAGAAAACGAAGCAGCAAGCAAGAAAGAAUGAGGCAGUGGUUGGGCUGAAAACAGACAGGGAAUGUCACAAAUAUUACAGCUAAAGGAGUGUUCCUGAGAAAGCCUUGGUGGAAAUCUAAUAAUGUGAAAAAACUUUGUCAUAUUAAAGAAGGUGGAUUAGAAACAGAUGCUUCAGGGCGAUUUCAUAUUCAGUUCAGUCAUAAAAAUUUGCCAGAAGGAUGGACAGAGAAUCACUCUUGAUGCUGCAGUGGAGUUGGGACAAAGCCCUGCAAGGACCUGGAAUACUGCAGAUUAAUACACAGGAAAAAAAACCACACUCAGGAACAAACAGGAGUGAGGAAGUAUAUAAACAAUGUAAAUGGACAAAUGAGUUCAAUUCCGUGACUGCAUUUCAUAUGAACAUGAGGUAUACUAAAUGACCUUUCCUGUCAUGCACUGCUGGAACUGUGAAACUCAAACACAAUGUUAAAGACACAGGAAGCAAAAAACAUUCAGCCACAUUCCAUGUGCAGUGAAAAUAAUGUAAAGUAUAUUUAUUAAAUAUGUAAGGCACAUCAGAUAUUGUAUUUCUGUAAAAGCUAAAUGUAAAACAAAGUGUAAUGGUCAAAAGUGUGUUUGAGAAAAUGGGGUGUCAAACCAAAGAUUUUCUAAAACUUAACAGUCUACAUGUCUUAACAGUAACAAAGCUUCAAUAAGUAGCUUCAACAAAUAGCAAACAUAUUAAGUGUAAAAAGAAAAUACAGCACCUGAGUUAAGCUGUGUAUUUGCUUAGGAGUAAAAAAAAAACCUUCAUAUUAACAAUGAAAAUAUUCCAAGUCAAAACAAAGUGCCUGUGAUGUCAGUUAGAUUUGUUUAAAGGGGCCUCCCUCAUCAGGUUAAUCUUCAAAUGAUGUCAGACAUGUUAUUCUUAGACAGAGCUAACAUCAGAGCAGGGAUCAUAAGAUAUGUUAUAUCACGCCAUGAGCCAAUUGUUAUUUUUAUCCAUCUAUUUAUUGUUGUACAGGCGAAAAGAAAUACAUAUACUUCAGCUCCUGUUACUACCUUUCUGGUACAGUUUUUACAUGGGAUCAUUAUGUAUGUAAAGAAUAAUGUAGUAUGCCCCUAAACUGCAUGAAAAAUGUAAUGUAAAAAAAAAAAAAUUAACUACAUAGUCUACCAUACAUACAGUAGAUACAAUAACUGUGUGUAUUGUAUCUGGUCAAGCUACCCAUUUCAGAUGAGAUGUUCCUGAAAAUGUGUGCUUUGUUUAAUCCCCUUCUCACUGAGCCAGUUUAGCACACCAUUUUCCCCAUCAGAGAACAGUAUUAUGUGAGUCUGAAGGACAAUACUGGGAUGCUUUCAAGGUGUCACAGGAGUAUGCGUCUGGGUCAAAGGAGAGGCCUCACCUUUUCCUCUGGGCGCCCAUGGUGUUUGGGCGUCCAGCACGCCACUGUGCAUUUGCUCCCCCGACGCAACCCCCCCACUUUGAUUCUCUGCCAAACGAAAGGCCCCAGCAACAACAUCCCCUGUCUCACUUUGUUAUAUCAGGAAAUGGAUGAACUUCUCCUAAACCUUUGGAGUAUUCAUGUAUUUUUCCUUUCCCUGUCAGGAAGUUGAGAGGUCAGAGGAUGAUUCUUCUGCAGAGAAAGGACUUUCAGGUUCAUCCAGCUUUUCAGAUCAAUGGAUGAGGCUGAAUGUGCCUGAACUGUGCAUUAUACUUUCUAUGUGGCCAUUAGAGAGCAAUAAAAACAGCAUAAUGAUGAAUAAUGAUUGAGAAUUCUCUGACACAAACAUCUCUAAAGACCCACAAAAGAUGGAGCCACCAUUGUUGAGCAUUUUCAUUCAAAUCUACUUUGUAUGCUGUGGGUAGAGGAUCUCACAGGUUUUGUUAUAAGUGCAACUGCAAUCAUUCCCCCCUUGACAUGGACUAUGAUAGAUGUCUCAUUGGGCAGGUCACAGUUUUUCUGUAAUUAUGUUUGACAGAUUGGGCGUGUUUAUGGUGAAUGUCCUAAUGCCCUUGGUUUCCAUACUAAAACAUGUUCAGUGUCUACACUCAAGGUCACCUCUUCAUUACAGUAGGGCAGCAUUUCCUGCCAGGCUUGUGGAUGUGAUGGGGUAUGAAAGAAAUAAAUGACCCCACAGUUAUGUUGUAACAAGGACAGGAAAGAAAGGCAUUUUCUCACUUUAAGGUUAGCAGAGGAGUACAACUGUGGCUCUAAAAGAUGACAGAGCCCUCCAGCCUUGAGCACAGCCAGUAUAAAUCAAAUCUGGAGUCGGGGGCUUUACUAUAGCAGAUAAUGUGUCUGUAUUACUUAACUCAAGACCCCUCCACAGAGCUGAUGACUGCUAAAGCUCAUUCCAAGACGACUUGGGGGCGGCAAACUUGUACUUUAAUCUUUAGAUGAAGCAAAACAAAUACAACUGCCUUAUAAUGACAUCUAAAAAAAUUACUUUGUUUCAGCUUUUCUUUACUUUCAACCUUUAUUUUCACACUGUGUGAUUUUUGCUGUUUAUGGCCAGAAGUUCAUUACACAUGCAGCAAUUAUGGUUCAACACAAACAUCCACCCUGCGCUUUGCAGAAUACAAAUUUACUAAUUCAAGAGCUUUUUCUUCCUCUGAGAAGCAUGUUGGAUCAAGGUUAGCUUUUAUCACUCUCAGACACCUUGUUUUCAUUACUUAAAGCACGGUUGUUUUACACCUUAGCACACUCCAGCAAUUUUAUUCUUCAUGGUAAAAACAGGCAUGUGGACUUCGUCUGAUAAAACCUAUUUUAUGGGAGCUCAUUCAACAUGCUUUCACAAGAUUUAUAUGCUGAGAAAUGGCUUGUUGCAAUGUCUGCUCCUGUUUAACCUAGAGUAUUUCAUAGCUGCAGGCCAGCUUAGGUGUGUAUGUAGGUGAAAAAAAAAAAAAGCUCAGUACCAGUUGUUUCCCUUGUGUGAAAUUAGGGGUGUCUAUGACA